GAGGACUAUCGAGAAAUCUCAGUUGUUACGCUGCAGUCUUGUUGUUUCUCCGAUGAAAUUGCUAACUCGGGCUAAAGUCACUAGUAGAUCAGUCUAUAGGAAAGUUCCUCUCUAGCAAGCAAAGUCACAGGAGUCUCUUAAGCCAAGUUGCCAGCUAGUUUUACAUACUUUUUCGAUAUAUACACAGCCAGAAACCUGAAUGGGGACAUUGACCGACUUCGGAAUGACGUGCGUGUUGAGGCUCGAAACGGAAGGUCGAGUGUCCUUGCCUCUCUAUGUCGCUCAUCCAACAUCGCAGUGUUUCCCUUCCUUCAGCAUCCCGGCUAGCCAUUGACGUCAAACGAGCCGUGUCCAAACAGCAUCUCGAAACAAAACGACAAUUUGCACAUACGGUCACCCGAUGGCAGGGCCAGAGGGAUAAUGCCCUCGAAGACCAGCGUCUUUUGGCUACGACUAUCAUGAUAGCAUCGUAAGCCUCAUGGUCGGUCACAUAUACAGAGAAAGCUAACAAGAAUGAUUGUCAUGCGAUAUGGUCUCGGUGGCGUCUCGAGAAAAUCCAAGCAGCUAUCAUUGGGCAUCGAUGAAACCACAUUUGUUUGACGAUAUACGAGACAGUUAAUGACAUCUUACAAGACCCCAUUCACAAACGAACCCAACCACACCGACUCGAAACAUUUCCCGCAACCGACCGGCAUCGCCCGACUCUGGGCCCGGGGUAACCAUCAGGCUUGAAAGGAAACAUGUUUUCAUGACAGGUGUAAUUUAGCCCACGCUUGUCGAGAUUUCGCCUUAUGAGCACGAGAACCUCCGUCACAGAAGUCAUCCACUUGAAAUGCUGGAGAAUCUUAGAUUGCCCACGCAGUCAUAUACUUCCCUACGUGGAAAGAGACAUCGAAACUGAAACACGGCUUUAUCCAUCACCUGGACCCUGCAGAGGAUCCCGUCGUGGCUUGAUACUGUCAACGGUCAUCCUUCACGAGGAAAUGGGAACGGGUAGGGCUGGGUAACGAGAAAUGGCUUGACGAGUCGGGGUGUGAGUCUACGCCAUUCAGUGGUGGGCGGCCUACAUACAACCACAUCAGGCUACGCGACGCUAUUACGCUUUAGGCCAUUCGAGAGCCAGACGACAUCCAACAUACGCGAGAAUUCAACAGGGACACCAUCGUCAUUGGCCAGUUGCAACAUCCAAGGUACACAUGGUCCGUGCACGACCCAAUAACCAACCUCCCAUUGUAUCAUCGUCACCAUCCAUUGGCCUCCUUGGUUGCCUUAUGCUGAGCCUCUUUCCUGCGCAACGAAUGCGCAGCAUCAUCCUCAAUCUGGCUUAUGUCUCGUACCAUGUCUGCUCCUCGAGAUGGCGACCUCCCAACGCUUGGAAUCAUGGAUGGAACCGUACUUGCACAACUGGGCGCUCGCUCAAUUCCUCUUCAUUACUCACUAGCAACCUGGGAAAAGAACACUGGUCCUCGUUGCUGCGGCUUGUCCUACUCCAAGAUCGGAAGAGCCUCCCAACACUCUUCCUGCUUGUUAUCUUCUUCACGCUUAUUUACUGCUAGGCCCGCUAUCACUUCGAUCAUAGAUUCCCACGAGGCAUCACGACUAGCGUUUCAUCUGUCAAGCGUCACGCCCAAGUUGUCUCCAGCCCUUUCUUGACCCUGCAUCACCGUCUACCCAGCCACUUGGAGUGUGUGGUUGCCUAAGCCGGCCAUCGACGCGGAACCUGAUAGAAUACGUUCGACGAGAGUCGUGACCAACUUGAGCAUAUCAAGGUCCAACAAGACCCUCGCAAAGUCUACUCAAGAGUGUCCCGCGUGGCUAUUAUUCCUGUGUAUGAGACGGACAAGGACCCCCGAGACAUCCCGACCACAUCUGCCUCUCAUGGCUUCAUCUUCCGCAGAUCCUAAGGCACACAAUCUUGCCGCUGGCCCGUACAACUGUCCGGAUUGUACCAAAGUCUUCGCCAGACCCUGUGAUUUGAACAAACACAGCAAAUCUCAUACUCGGCCGUUCAAGUGCCUACAUUCUGAUUGCAAGUACGCCGACCUUGGCUGGCCAACACUAAAGGAACUAGAACGCCACAACAACGAUAAACACGCUCCCAACCCGAUUAUCUACGCUUGCGAGUACGAAGGUUGUGACUACAAGUCCAAACGAGAAUCGAACUGCAAACAACACAUGGAGAAGGCCCAUGGGUGGCUGUACACUCGGAGCAAAUCCAAUGGCAAACAGCCUGCGGAUAGCUCUCCGGUAGCACCUGUUUACCGGCUAAAACCUGGACCGCAUCCUGCCUCAGCAUCUUCUACUCCACUUCUCAAGCAGUCAUCCGAUUUUCUGCCUGUCCCUAACUAUCAUCAGGACUUUACACUCUACCAGGAUGACACCGACCACUCCGUCAGAUUCGAUGACGACGAUGAGGAUGCAAGUCACCACCACGAUGCGCCUCAAGUCAUCCCUUGGACAUCGCCUGCUACCCGUCUACGGAGAAACGGAACCAUGAUCGAAAGAUUUGAUCAGACAUAUCACGGUUCCCAACCUCUCAGGAUCAGUGAUAAUCCGGUUGACCCAUCGCUCGCCAGUAUUGAACCGCAAAUCAGAACAUCUGCGGCACCUCCAUCCACCUCAGAAGCAUGCGGCAAUGGCGACACCAAUAUCUCGGAGACUUCGAGACAAACUCGAUCGUCAAGAGGACCGUCAAGAAAGGCCGCAGACCGCCAACGUAUCAGAAAAUGGGAUGCCAAAGGAUCAAGAAAGAGGCUCAAGCCAGACGCUACAGAAAUUCUCGGAGAUGAUGCAGAAUUCACUGACAGCAAUAUGCCGUGUAUCUUCCGCCAUGCACACCCUCACCUUUACAACAGGGAGACCAGAAACAAGUCCGAUCCGUGCCAUACGACGCAUCGAGACAUCUCAACUCUAGCAAGACAUCUACGCCGACCGGCACAUCGCCUCGGUGUGGACCCCCGGAUGAUCUCAUCAUUUAAGAUUGAAGACAACAAUUACCCACACCCACGGGUUGGCCUUUGUCGCCGUUGCUGGCAGGCUUUCUUUGACCCCUUAGAAUUCCGGAGUCAUCUGGGUCUCAAAUGCGAGAAGGUGUCUAAGGGGAAGCGGGAGAAGUGGCGUAUCAUGCACGACCUUUUCACGCCAUUGGUCCGGCAGCAUGGCGAGCAGAGCAGCCUCUUACAAAACCUUGAUAUGGCGGGACAAGAAAGCACAGCACACCGAACAAGAGGUUCGAUCAACAUGCCGAACAAAGCUGGAAAUGAUUUUCGCUUGGUCUUUGGUACUGUCGCUCCAACCAAGUACGGGACAUCAGUUCCCUCCAGUUCUAGUCUUGAGAAUGAGAUACAAAAACUGAGAGAAGAAAAUCGGCAGUUGAGGGAGUCACUAUUAGCCCAAGGCCCUAAGGGGGGGUCAGUGCCAAGUACUGUUCAAAGCAGCGCUGUCCAUAAUGCAUUCGAGAUAGCAUCCGGUUCCCGGCUAGCCUCUGCGCCUCGGAUGCCCCAUUCCAAGGAUUCGAACUCAGACCAGGAGAGCCUAAUAGGAUACAUGGAUUCCCAAUCCACGGAUGUCGACCGCGACGGCUUGAUGAGCGAGACACCGGAAACUUUUAUGAGGCAGAACCCAGGACACAGCUUGCCCUCCCACACAACCGUCCACCACGUCCCAACAAGCCCAUCCCCGCUACUGAUCAACUCCUUCCAAGAUGUAUCCAACUUCAGCCAACCAUCAGCUAACGUGUCCCUCUUCUCUGCCCGAAAGCAACCCACGUCACUCGCCGAUUCCGCCUACGGCACCUGCACCGACCCAAGGCGAGGAAGUUUGGGCGAGCCCGGGCAGGCAGGAUGCGCAGAUAUCUUGAGAGGUCCGCACAAGAGUUGGUUUGAUAACUCAACCCAACAACGGCACGACGGCGGGUCAUUGGCUCUGUUUGGCGAUUACCAAUUUGGUCACAACAACAACUCAUCAGCGAACAACGAGAGCAUCCACAACAAUACGCCAUCCUCAUCCACUCCAAAGGUAGGGCCAAACAUGACAGUUAUUGCAACCCAGACGGCCCAGCAGCAGCCUCAGCAACAAGAUUUUUCAGGGUGGUCCAACCCCAACCCUUUUGCCACGGCCUCAACCUCUCAGCCGUCUCAUAACUUCUUUGAAGAUGCGUCAUUUGACUUCUUUAUGGCAGCACCAACGGAUUGUGGCGACGAACCUGAUGGGUAUAACCCGACUAGUUCCUCGCAGAAUUUCAUUUUUCCUUCGAUGUGAUUUUACGAGGUCAUAGAUGGUGUAGAUUAAUAGGGUUUGUCAAAGAUUAUCGAGGUGAAGAGUCUAGAGAGUAAUUUCAUGAUACAUGUCACGAACGUUGUUGAAUGAAGGGUCGGCUCUCACUUCUCUUCUUCCCCCAAGGUUACUGGUGCAUUUCGAAACCGGAAGUUGGAUCUCCGGUAUUCCUUUCUUCUUGGUUUCAAGCGGUUUGCUGAUUUUCAGUGGGUUUUUUAAUUGGAGGAUUUCUUCGCAAGUCAUCAGCGUAUCAACUUUCUGGAUGGAUUUCCAUCUACCUCUAAAAUUCUCUGACGAUCUUCUCCUCUUCAUGGAAAUGUUCUACUUCAUUGCUAUUCUCAAGGCAUUUACAUCACUCAUUCCUAUCAUGCAUCUGAUGUGUGGGAUAUACGAGGGUUACGUAAAGUGUGCGAUGAGAUCAUGACGUUCAGCACAGGUCUAACGGACACAUAAAACUCCUGAGGCGUUGAUAGAGGUUUUUUACAAUCUAAGAAGGAUCUAGUAGUAUGUGGCUUCGUCAUCAUAGGGAAAGAGCAGUUGAGGUAUACAUAAAACACGCAACUUGGCUUGGAAAUAAGUUCCGUUCCUACUUCUGCUGCUGCAAUGUAUAGAUAAGCUCUUCAAGGAAUGCC